GUCAGACGGUCAUGGAUCACCUCCUUCCUCUCCUCUCCAUUCUUGUGGUUGCAGCUGGAGUAACCCAUGCCGGCUCGCCUUCAGAGCUCUACUGGCGAAGCGUUCUGCCCGACACUCCCAUGCCAAAUGCCAUUGCCGACCUAAUAAAGCAUAGCACUGACGUCGGGGAACUAGCUCUUGGCCAUCCAGUAACGAAGGCCAUGGCUACAAGCGCUAAACUGCGUUCUUGUUUCUUUCUGGAGAACGACUUGCACGACGGUGCCAAGUUUACUUUGCACUUCACCGGCACCGGCUCCAGGCCGUCCCUUCUGACACGCCAAGAGGCCGACUCCAUCCCCUUCACCACCACCAAGCUUCCAGAGAUCCUUGCCCGCUUCUCCAUCGAGCCCGGUUCUCACGAUGCCAACGCGAUCGAGACAACCCUUGAAGAGUGCGAAGAGCCGGCGGGGUAUCGUCAGAUCAAGAAAUGCGCCACUUCACUUGAAUCCAUGCUGGAUUUCACUACAUCGGCCCUGAGAACUCGCGACAUCGACACUGUUUCGACGAGAGUCGGUAAGGAGGACUCGCCGGAGCAGCAGUAUAACGUGGUCGGCGUACGACAGGUAACGGACUCCUCUGAUUGGGCGGUCUGCCAUGUCCAACCCUAUGCAUACGCCGUGUUCUACUGCCACACCAAGGGUAGAACCAAGGCAUACAUGGUUUCCAUGGUGGGGGAGGAUGGAACGAAGGCGGAGGCGCUGGCCGUGUGCCAUGACUACGCGUAUGAAUCGAACCCGAAGAUCCUGGCCUUCCGAGGGUUCCAAGCGAAGCAAGGGACUGGAAACGUCUGCCACUUCCAGCCCCAAGACACUAUUGCCUGGAUCCCCAAAAGCUACGCGAGACUCCAAUAAGGACUUUUCUGGCUUCCUUAUGUUAUGCAGAUGUUCUACGUCGCCCCGUAAGCUAUAUUGAAGUGAGGGCGUCGCGUUGUCUGCGGGCUCUCAUCAGGUGUUAUCAUGAUCUAAAUGAUGACUCCCUUGUUGGUUGAUGUAUCUAUGCCUGUGUUCUAGUUAUUGCAUAAAAUAAAUGAACUCUUAUCGAGUUUGGAUCCUCGAUAGAUCUGCUUU